AUGGAAAACAGUGAAGAACCGAUGACGUACUUUCGACAUAAUGGCAUCAUAUUCUGUUCGCAGCUACACUCAGUUGAGCGACUUGAAUCGCUGAAAGAUGCCAACAUAGAUCCACAUAUUCCAGUCCUUCUCACUUACCCCAAAUCUGGAACAACUUGGAUGCAGCAGAUUAUGAGUCUGAUCUUAUGCAAUGACGAUGAUUCUACAAAAGCGAUAAACCUCUACGAGAGAGCCCCAUGGAUGGAGAGUGUUCGAUACAACUUUGAAAACAUGGACCAUCAGCUAUUGACAUCACACUUAAACUACCAAAUGGUGCCAAACUGUGUGAAAAACAAAAUGUUAAAGAUCAUUUAUGUUGCCAGAAAUCCCAAGGAUGUGAUUGUGUCUUCAUAUCACUUUCACAAAUGUAGUCAUUUCUUGGAGGAACCAAAGAAUUUUCAGGAUUUCUUAGAGAAGUUUGUUGAAGGGAAUGUGUUUUUUGGAUCUUGGUUUGAACAUAUCAGAGAGUGGUACAGUCAUAAAGAUGAACUCAACAUCUUGUUUAUGGCAUAUGAGGACAUGAAAAAUGAUCUCCGGAGUGUGGUCCAAAAAGUUGCAUCUUUUCUGAAUAAAAAAUUGGAUGAAAAAACCUUGGAGUCAAUUUUGAAUCAAUGCACAUUUAAACAUAUGCAAGAAAACCCAAAAACAAACUACAAAAGUGUACCAGAGCUGUUCGACUUUGAGAGUGGCUCUUUUUAUCGAAAAGGAAUUACUGGAGACUGGAAGAAUCACUUUCUUGUGUCUCAGAAUGAGUGGUUUAAUUCCAUCUACCAGGAGAAAAUGGGAGACUUCCCUCUGAAGUUUGACAAUAUGUGA